CCGAUCUGCUUCCAGGAUUACUCGCUGCGCUGCUGUGGUAUAACGCGUGAGGAAAGAAAGGCAGAGUGAUUAAAGAAAGGAAGGAUGAAGGAGGAGGAGGGGUAGGCCAAAGCUCCCCGCCUCAGGAACAGGAUGCAAGUAACGGCCUAGUCGGAGGAAGAAGUCAAUCAGAAGAAAUCAACUGAGGUGGUACUAUGAGCUCCCCAAAUCCAACCACUCCCAGCGAUGCCCUCUUCCCAAAUCCGACUUCUCAGGAAAACUGGUGUCCCUCAACCUGCGCCUUCUCCCAUUCCACUGCCCAACAUAUCAGUCAUCGAGCCAACAAUUACAAACGGCAUCCCAAGAGAAGAAAGUUCAUCCGGCCAUCCCCACCUCCCCCUCCCAAUACUCCAAUUCCCAUUGAGCUCCUUGACUUCAGUGAAAUCCCACUGCGACACUCCUUCUGGAAACUACUUUUUAAUGGAUGCAUUCUUUUUGGAAUUGAGUUCAGCUAUGCAAUGGAGACAGCCUAUGUCACCCCUGUCCUCCUCCAGAUGGGUCUACCAGAUGAAUUGUACGGCAUGGUUUGGUUCAUCAGUCCCAUAUUAGGUUUCCUGGUUCAACCAGUGUUGGGUGCCUGGAGUGAUGGUUGCUCCUCUCGCUUUGGCCGGCGCAGACCCUUCAUACUUGUGCUGGCUAUUGGUGCACUGAUUGGCCUUUCACUGCUACUUAAUGGCAGGGACAUGGGUCUUGCUGUCGCUGACACAAUCACUAAUCACAAAUGGGGCAUCAUCCUGACCAUUUGUGGUGUUGUGCUGAUGGACUUCAGUGCUGACUCGGCAGACAAUCCAACCCAUGCUUACAUGAUGGAUGUCUGCUGUCCAGAAGAUCAGGACCGAGGCCUGAAUAUCCAUGCACUCCUGGCAGGUCUGGGAGGCGGGUUCGGUUACGUCAUUGGUGGGAUCAAGUGGGACCAGACAAAUUUUGGAAAAGCUUUAGGAGGUCAGCUCCGGGUUGUCUACAUUUUCACAGCAAUAACACUGUCUGUCACUGCUGUCCUGACACUGACAAGUAUCCCAGAGAAGCCACUGAACGCACAGGGCAAAAGGAAAAAAGUGAUGAAGAGCCCCAGCCUUGCUCUACCUCCCUCUCCACCAAUGGCUCUUGAUGAGGACAGAGGCCAGACCAACAGCCAGAGUAUCACACGAGUCUACCAUGGUAUGACCAGUCCCAUUUCCCCACUGAGCCCCCUCACUCCCAAGUAUGGGAGUUUUAUGAGCCGGGACAGCUCUCUGACUGGCAUUAAUGAGUUUGCUUCAUCAUAUGGAACUUCUUAUAUUGACACGGUGCUGAUUGACUGCUACACAGGAGCCAACGACCAAUACCUCAGCAUGCCCAGACAUGCCCUCAGCUCCAGUCUCCCCCGGAUACCCGAUGAGGCAGAAAAUGAGGAAACAGGGUCUUCAAUGGUUGGUGAUAAUCCUGAGAACCUGCAGGUUGAUGUUACGAGAAAUUCAGCGUCAGGAAUUCUCAAAAGACCAGAGACCUUGAGUAUUCCGAACAGUUACCUGGCAAAUGGUGGUGACAGCAGUCGGAGGAGGACAGUGACUUUCAGUCAACAGGUUGCAAACAUCUUGCUGAAUGGCGUGAAAUACGAGACUGACUUGAAUAGCUCAGGAGAAUUAUCCGAGAGACCACUCUCCACAUCUGUCUUGUUCUCAUCAAUUCGUCAGAUGCCAAAACCACUGCGGAAUCUGUGUGUCAAUCACUUCUUAGGCUGGCUGUCCUUUGAAGGUAUGCUGCUUUUCUACACAGACUUCAUGGGGGAGGUGGUAUAUGAGGGGGACCCCAAGGCACCUCUCGACUCGGAGGCAUUUCAGAAGUACAACACAGGAGUGAGCGUGGGCUGCUGGGGAAUGUGUAUCUAUGCAUUCAGCGCUGCUUUAUAUUCAGCACUAUUGGAGAAGCUUGAAGAGUACUUCAGUAUCCGAACUCUCUACUUCUUUGGCUACCUAUGCUUUGGAAUUGGCACAGGCAUUGCCACACUGUCCCGGAAUAGCUAUGUUCUUUUAUCACUUUGUGUUACAUAUGGGGUCCUGUUUUCUUCACUCUGCACUCUGCCCUACUCGUUGCUGUGUGAAUACUACCAGAGCAAAAAGUUUGUAGGACCACAUGCGAAUGGGACUAAGCGAGGGAUGGGAGUGGACAUUUCACUCCUGAGCUGCCAAUACUUCCUUGCACAGAUCAUCGUUUCAAUUGUAAUGGGCCCACUAACAUCAGUGGUCGGUAGUGCCAGUGGGGUGAUGUACUUUGCCAGUCUAACCUCUUUCAUCGGGUGCUUGUACUCUUCUCUGUUUGUGAUUUAUGAGAUCCCUCCCGAUGAUGAUGGCGAGGAGCACACUCCCCUCCUCGUGAACACCUGACAAUGGAAGUUCCAUGUGCAAGCCAUUCAAGGAAUUUGCUCCAAAAAUAUUCAGCUGGUUUUGCAUUUUUCCAAGAUCUCCACAAUUCAAAUCUUUAUUGCACAAAAAGAAUUAGAAAUGUUGACUAAUUUCUCUUUUUUUUAUUGGUGCCAGUCCCUCUGGAAUAUAAAUGCAUAAGUAUGUAUGUAAUACAAAAGCUAUGAGAAUUAAUUAAUUAGUGCCAGUGAUAUGCAUGGAUUACAAGUAAUUUGUCUCCACUUCACUCAGACUCGUAUGACAGUUAGUGUGGGGCCCCAAACACAGAUUGUGGUUACAUAAGAGGUAUCAUGUUACCGAGAGGCAGUCGACAAGAAUUGAAGUGACUGUGCAUCCAUGUUUAUUUUCAGCCAUUGAGGACUGUUCAACCAUAUUGGAUAUUUCCUAAAUCAAAGUCCUGAAAAUAGGGCUGGGAAUAUGAUAGAGUUGAUAAACUGGGAGUGUGAAAUAUUUUCUGUUGGAACAAUUCAUCAACUGCACGUGAGGCACUGCACAUUAAUACUACCCUCAUAACCUCAACUUUAGUAAAUGAGAUUCCUCAUCCUGUGUAAGGUGAAGAACAGGUAGAGAACAACUCUGAGAAAUACCCAGUAGGUAAAUGAGGGGAUGAAUUCAGAAUGUGGUGAGAGUAGCCAGUGAUUCACUGAAUGAUACAUAGCAUGACAGUCCCAGGUUCCAUCUCUGAUCUUGGCUUGUUGGCAACAGUGAGUAUAGUUCAUCAUAAUUUGAGUCAGGGAGAAAAAGGCUAAGCCAUUGUCCCCAUUUAAAGAUCACUAUCCAUUGUGCUGGUGCUGGACAUUGGACAUGCUUGGAAAUCAAGUGAGGACAGGAUAAGGGUGCUCUCUGUGGCCAAGCAAGCUGUUCACACCUUGUUUGUGUCACAAGCUGCUUGCUAAUCCUGAUGCUCACCAUUGAAUAUCAUCCACUGACAGUUCACUCAUGUGCAUGUGAUAUAUAGACAUGCAUGGAUUCAUGCAUUUGUGUUGCAUUUCUCAGGGCAGAUAUGUCAGAGGCUUCGACAAAACAGAGUUCCCUCAACUCUGUCCCAUCACAUAUUCCCAAGGCAGGUACAGAUAUAAAAUAAAACACUGUCCAUCUGAGGUAAGUAAUAGGAUUAAUUGUGCAUUCCUCAACUCAACCCUUUUUAUGACUUCAGUUUCCCCUCUCAGAAGUUACAGAAUGAACCCCUUAAUCAUAGAGAAGCUUCAUCUAAUAUUUCAGUGUAUAGUUGCGUUCAACCGUGACACUGUUUAAUUAACUUCUGUUAAAUCUCCACAAAUUAGUGUUGCAUUAUGGUUAGUCCUUUGCCAUUAACUUGUGCUCACUAACAACUUGGGUAAACCUUGCCGAAACUUUUCUUUGGAUCUAUGGAGCUGAGACGAAAAGAAGGCAUCAACAUUCCUUUAAAUAGGAAUAUUAAUAAAAACUGAAUUAGGGGUAGGUCAGGCAGCCUGCUCUGCCAUUCAGAAAGAUCAUGGCUAAUCCAGUCUUGGCCUCAAUACCACUUUCCCGUGCUCUCCCCAUAUCCCUUGACUCCCUUGUAGUUCAAAAAUCUAUCUCUCUUGUCUCUGGGUAGAAUAAAUUCCAGAGUCGUGACCCCCAGAGAAAAAUAUUCUCCUAAUCUCCAUCUGAAAUGAACAGUCUCACGUUUUCCUAUAUAAUAUUCCAUCUGUCAGCAUCUUGCUCACUUCACUUAACCUUUCUAUGGCUCUUUAUUCCUGACUACAAUGAAGCUUGCAUCACAAAGAACAAGUCAUUGCUUCAUUAAAUACACAAGUCACUGCUCUUCUGGAAUGUCCUGAGGUUGAGUGCUAUAUAAAUGCAAGUCUUUUACACUAACGUGCUUCGCAAUUAUGCAGGAGCAGGGAAUUAAAUCUGGGAUGCUUGGAUUAGAUAGAAUGCCAAUAUUUAUUGUCUCCCCAUAGAACUUUCUUAGGGCGAUGAGGAGGAGGAAGACCACACAUUCUUUAUUACAUGAUGGGUAAAUAUGAAAAUGUGGUCACUGAAAUAAGGGAUAAUACUCAGCAGGUCAUCAGAAAGUUCUGAUUGAAUGUCAUUGACCUGAACAUUAACUCUGGUUAACCUGCUAAGUAUUUCCAACAUUUUUUUUUGUUUUUAUUUCAGACUUCCAGAAUCCACAGUAAUUUGCUUUUGUGUUGCAAAGAUAGGGGAACCUGGUCAAUUUAUUUUGAUUGAUUGUUAUUUGAUUGUGUUGAUGGAGUGAAGUCACUAAAGGGAACAGGACAAUUGGAGCACUAAUUAGCUCGGAGCAGAAACAUCUUUUACCGGAUCAAUCCCACAAUUUGAGUAGGGAAGGAAAAAAUUGUUUAUAACUAUAUUAAUCUUUACUCUGACUGCUAGAUAAGAAUGGAUUGCACUUGUAAAUGAUUAUUGACUUGAAUAUGAAUGACACAGUAAGGACCUUGGUUUAAAAAAUGAGAUUAAAUAGGUCCUUAUA